AUGCCGAAGAAUGCUCAUCCGCCGCGCGGUAAGCCCGCAAAGAAAACAGUGCCGCCGGAGGAAGAUACAAGCUACAUCGUCUUCGGCGACGGCAAGCCCAAGAAGAAGAAGCCCGACAACUCAAAUACCGGCACUAGCUCAGAAGACACCAAGGGUAAAGGCAAGGCUGCGACAGGACCGGCUGAAGAUGGCCCAAAGAAGCCUGACACCAGGACACUGAUCGCGGGAGUUUCGUGGACUGGCAAAUUGCCUGUAAAUCUACUGGCAGAGCACUUCCAGAAACAACACUGGAGCAAGCCAGACUAUCGGAUACGCAAAGAUGGCGAGAAGCACUUUGCCUACGCCGUGGUCUUGUCCAAACUGAACCAGAAGACGCGAGAAGUGACGACUCUCCCACAGAUCAAGAUCCCUGCCGAACUCGAAGAAAAGGCACACCAGCCAAGUGCCGUCGAAGCCCGCAACUUCGCCGCCGCCUAUACCCUCUUUCGCGUCGCCAGUGCGAAAAAUCUACACAUGAUGCUGCCUCCAACAUACAAGGAUCUAUGGAAGGGCGAAUUCACGGAAUUGAAGAAGCGGGAUGAAGCAGAAGGCAAGGGUUGGAUGUACGAGGCAGACCCGUUCUUUGGCUUCGCCGAGCGAGAAAAGGCGCGCGAACUUGCCGCAAAAGCACGCGAGAAGAAGCAGAAGGAAAGAGACGAGGCACAGAAAGCGCACAAUCUCCAACCUGGAGCGGCUAUGCCGAGUUCACGAAGUUCUUCUGCUGGCGGCAGGAACUUGCUCAAGGGGUGGGAGCGCGUACCUAAGAUUGAACUUGGGAAAAGGACGAGGAAGGCUGCCGAGCACCUGAUUCGCCGAGACGCUGUGUGGAAUCCGAAUGGUCUCGAAUUGGAUCCCACAACUAAAUCACGCCUUGUGCACGAAAUUGCUGAGCUUGGUUUCCGGGAGAGCCACGUAGAGGAAGCUGCUGCCAUAUGCAAAGAUCGCGAAGAGAUCAUCGAGUGGUUGCUCAUCCAUGUCCCAGAAGACGAUCUGCCGUCAUGGAGUUUGCCCGAGGGCUAUGUCGCUGGAGUCAGCAUGGCGAGCGCCAAUCUGAAGCGUGAAGGCGCUGUCAAACGUCUUGCAGCUGCAGGCUAUGCGCUGGAUCUAUGCGAAGAAGCCUAUGAUGGCCAAGGGGGCGAUGAACGCAAAGCAGCAGCACUCUUGCAGACUCGACUUCUUCGACCAAACGAGGACGACAAAGAUAUCGCGCAAGAAGUGGCAGACCUCUCAAUCGCCGAUGAUACGGAGGAGUGGUCAGAGGAAGAUGCCUGGGAAACCGAGAUGUCGUCUCUGGAAGCAAUUUACGACAAGCUAUUCAGUCGACCGUCACCAGAAAUGUGCCGGAUUGAACUUGAUAUCAAGCAGCAAGGAAAGCGACUCAUUUUACAAGCCAGGAAGCCCUUCGGACUAUAUCCUGCUGUGGUCCCCAUCAUUACCUUCGAAGCCGCUAUUCCCGCUUAUAUUCGCCUCAGUAUCAUUCGACAGGCUCUACUACAUGCGGAAACCAAUUGCAUAGGAAUGCCCAUGAUUUAUGAUAUCGUGGAUUGGGUGCAGCAGAACUCUGGCGAGAUCUUCAAGAACCCCGGCCGGUUGAGUGAUGUCUCAUCUGGUCUGGCGGCGGCCGACCAUACCGAAGAGCAACAAGUUCGCAAGAACAACAGGAAAGCAAGAGGUCGGAGACCGAUAGAUUGGACGCCUGCGACACCCGUUAGUCAGAAGAUACUGUCACAGUGGCAGGCUAAGCAAACGAUGCCGAAUCAGCAAAAGAUGAUGAAUGUCCGACAAGCAUUACCAGCCUGGAGGCUCCGAGAAGACAUAAUUCGGACUGUCAACGAUUGCCAGGUGACCAUUAUCUCAGGGGAGACGGGCUCUGGAAAGUCGACUCAGUCAGUGCAAUUCGUCCUGGAUGACCUCAUCCAGCGACAGCUUGGAGGUGUGGCAAACAUCAUCUGCACACAACCCCGAAGAAUUUCUGCUCUUGGCCUUGCCGAUCGUGUUGCUGAUGAGCGAUGCUCUCAAGUUGGCGACGAGAUUGGAUACACCAUUCGCGGCGAGUCGAAGCAGAAACCAGGCGUCACUAAGAUCACAUUCGUCACCACUGGUGUUCUGCUCAGACGACUGCAGACGUCGGGUGGCGGUGCCGACGAUGUUAUUGCAGCACUGGCAGAUGUCAGCCACGUUGUGGUUGAUGAGGUCCACGAGCGCAGUCUGGACACUGAUUUUCUUUUGGUCUUGCUCCGACAGAUCCUACGCAAGCGCAAAGAUCUGAAGGUGAUCCUGAUGAGCGCAACUCUGGAUGCCGAAGUUUUCGAGGCGUACUUCAGAGAAGUUGGACCGGUGGGUCGCGUCGAGAUCGAAGGCCGCACACACCCUGUGCAUGACUUCUACAUUGACGACGUGGUUCACUUCACAGGCUUCAACGGCGCUGCAAUGGGUGAUGAUGGUGACGAGGACAAAUCAUUCUCCGCCAACAUGCGAAGCAUCGGCUUCGGUAUCAACUACGAUCUCAUUGCUGAGACUGUCCGACACAUCGAUCGUCAACUCGGAGAUAAAGACGGAGGCAUCUUGAUCUUCCUACCUGGUACCAUGGAGAUCGACCCUACCAAUGUUGCGGAAACUUCCAUCACCAUCGAGGACAUCGUGGCGGUCAUCGAUACCGGCCGCGUGAAGGAGACCAGCUAUGAUCCACAAAAUAAUAUGGUGCGUCUCGCCGAGACCUGGGCUUCCAGAGCUGCAUGCAAGCAGCGUCGUGGUCGUGCUGGUCGUGUCCGAGCUGGAGAUUGCUACAAACUCUAUACCCGAAAUGCCGAAGCGAAGAUGAUGGAGCGACCUGACCCGGAAAUCCGACGAGUACCACUAGAGCAGAUGUGCCUUUCGAUAAAGGCUAUGGGUGUUCAGGACGUCUCGGGCUUCCUCGCCUCAGCUCUCACGCCACCUGAGAGUACAGCGGUCGAGGGUGCUAUCAGGUUGCUCUCGCAGAUGGGAGCCAUUACAGACAAUGAGCUUACCGCCCUUGGUCGGCACAUGUCAAUGAUACCCGCAGAUCUACGUCUGGGCAAAUUGCUCGUCUACGGCGCGACGUUUGGAUGUCUGGAGGCCGCACUGACGAUUGCAUCCGUGUUGACAGCGCGUAGUCCCUUCAUGUCACCACGAGAGCGGGAUCAAGAAACACGAAACGAGUUCAAUCGGAUCCGGUCAUCAUUUUCUAACAAUCAAGGAGACCUGCUUGUCGACCUCCGUGCAUACGAGCAAUGGUCCGCGAUGCGCAGUAAAGGCGCAACCACCCGCGACUUGCGCUUCUGGUGCCAAGACAACCGCCUAUCAAUCCAGACCAUGUUUGACAUCGCCUCCAAUCGGACGCAGUACCUCUCUUCUCUCAAAGAAAUCUCCUUCAUACCAACCUCCUACUCCUCCACUAACCCCUCCACCCACGGUAUGUACACCAAGCAAAACAACAACGACGCGCUCCUCCGCGCCCUAAUCGCCGCCUCCUUCAGCCCCCAGAUCGGCCGCAUCCAACUCCCGGACAAGAAAUUCGCAGCUGGCAUAGCCGGCGCCGUCGAACUGGACCCAGAAGCACGCGAAAUCAAGUACUUCAACCAAGAAAACGGGCGCGUCUUCGUGCACCCGUCCUCCACACUCUUCUCCUCACAAACAUUCCCAUCCAACGCCGCGUUCAUCGCGUACUUUAAUAAAAUGGCCACAAGCAAGGUUUUUAUUAGGGAUAUUACGCCGUUUAAUGCGUUUGGAUUGCUUAUGUUUGCCGGAAGAAUUCAGGUGGAUACUCUGGGCAGGGGGCUGGUUGUUGAUGAGUGGAUACGAUUGAGAGGGUGGGCAAGGAUUGGUGUGUUGGUUAGUCGGUUGCGGGGCAUGUUGGAUCGAGUGCUCGAGGGGAUGGUUAGGGAGCCGGGGAAGGGGAUGAGUGUGAGGGAACAGGAGGUUGUGGCUGUUGUGAGGAAUUUGGUGGAGAGGGAUGGGUUGGAUGCGUAG